GCCGCUGAAAGGUCUGGUCGCAGAGGCAGGAACGCGUAAUCCUCAGCGUGCUUCAUUCCGGCAGCAUCCUCCCCGGCUCGGCAGGCAGGGCAGCGAGCCUCCGGGCACCGGCCGGCCCCUGCUCCGCGGAAAAGGCGACCUGGCUUCUGGUAUUGCCCUGGCGGCUUCCUGAUCACUGCUGUCCUUUGCUGCUGAAAUUUUUAAUGACUAACACCAAUAUCAGGAAUCUUCAAACUUAUGAUGAUUGCAGUGGAAAACUCUUUCUUCAGAGCGGAGCUCAUCUGGUUGAAGGAAGCCUGAUGAAGUCCUCCGAUAUCGACCAGGAUUUAUUUACAGACAGUUACUGCAAGGUGUGCAGUGCACAACUGAUAUCUGAAUCUCAGCGCGUGGCCCAUUACGAGAGUCGAAAACAUGCAAGCAAAGUCCGACUGUACUACAUGCUUCACCCUAGGGACGGUGGGUGUCCUGCCAAGAGGCUCCGGUCAGAAAAUGGAAGUGGUGCUGAUAUGGUGGAUAAGAACAAGUGCUGCACACUCUGCAACAUGUCUUUUACCUCAGCGGUGGUGGCCGAUUCCCAUUAUCAAGGCAAAAUCCAUGCCAAAAGGUUAAAGCUGUUGCUAGGAGAGAAAACUCCGCUAAAGGCUACAGCAACCCCCCUGAGCUCACUUAAGCCUCCCAGGGUGGACACUGCUCCAGUGGUCACAUCGCCCUAUCAAAGAAGAGAUUCAGACAGAUAUUGUGGACUCUGUGCAGCCUGGUUUAAUAAUCCCCUGAUGGCCCAGCAACAUUAUGAUGGGAAGAAACACAAAAAGAAUGCGGCAAGAGUUGCUUUAUUAGAACAACUUGGGACAACUCUGGACAUGGGGGAACUAAGAGGUCUGAGGCGUAAUUACAGAUGUACCAUCUGCAGUGUCUCUCUAAACUCAAUAGAACAGUAUCACGCCCACCUGAAAGGAUCUAAACAUCAGACCAACCUGAAGAAUAAAUAGUGAAAACAUCAAUCAAGAUGAGAAAAAAUAUCAGGAUUUCUCUGCCAUGGAGAAUUGCUUAUCAACCACCAGAGGAGAAAUCUUUCUUGAACAAUGAACAUUUCUUAUGAGGAUUCACAGAUUAACAUGUGACUAUUCUCAGUUUUGGAAAGUAAAUGAGCUUUAUUUAUUUAUUUAUUUUUAAUUUUGUGGUAAGUUGUGAUGUUUGGAUGGAUUUUUCAAUUCUUUCUGGAUAAUAUAUUUAGCACAUGUUCUAAAUUAUAAUCCUAUACCAAACAGUGAGCGCAUCAUUUAAACUUAAAGACAAUGGAAAAAUAUAAAUCUCCAGUUUAUUCUAGAUUUCUUUAACAUAUAAAAUUAUUCUAUUAAAUCCUGGAUGAUUGUUAUGUAAAGCACCUCUAUCAAGAAAGAAACACUAUUUUUUCAUCAUGUGGAACAUGACUGUGGCAACAUGCCCUCAACAGGAAGGAAUCACUGGUCCUUCUCAUCUCACCUUACAAAGUGUGAACCAGCCUUGCAUCUGAACAGCGAGAAUGAAGAAGGUAAACAAAAGAAAAAUCAUCAUCUCUGUUUUCUGAUCACUAAAAAAAAAAAGUUUCUCAAGGUUAAGCCAAAUCCUCUUUGCAAGCUGCCAAAAUAAUAGCUUAGGAAAAGAAUUAGUUUGCCUGCAUGAUGAUCCUCUUAGGCAAAAAAUGUCUUCACAGCAGUUGACCUUGAUGAAAUGUUUUCCCAAAGGCAUCCAAAA